AAAGAGAAAGGCCUCUCAGCUCAAAAAGUGAAAUUUCAAAGGCUAUUUAUAACCCUUCGUAGACAGGCAGUCCCCAACAACCAACAAACAAAAAAAAUAUCGGUUGCCUCGGCCAUUCAAAGUCACACUAGCGUUUUAAAAUAAGAUCAAACCCUUUUUUUUUUUUUUUACAUCUUUGGUUCAUUACUCUUGUCUCUCAGAAAAUCAAGAGGCCAUCCAUAUGAGCUAUCUACAUGCAUGCCUCCUUAGGAAAAGAACCAUGCUUAUAGUAAGAAGCUUCACCAUCUUGCUUCUCAGCUGCAUAGCCUUUAAGUUAGCUUGCUGCUUCUCUAGCAACAUUUCUUCUUUGAAGGCCCUUCCCCUAGUAGGCAACUUGGAUUUUGAACAUGUCCAUGAGGCCUCCAAAGAUUUUGGAAAUCGAUACCAGUUGAUUCCUCUGGCGGUCUUACAUCCAAAAUCGGUAAGCGACAUCGCCUCAGCGAUACGACACAUCUGGAUGAUGGGCCCUCAUUCACAGCUGACAGUGGCAGCGAGAGGUCGUGGACACUCACUCCAAGGCCAAGCACAAACAAGAAAUGGGAUUGUUAUACGCAUGGAAUCUCUCCAUCCCCAGAAGCUGCAGGUCCACACUGUGGAGGAUGUUCCGGCUCCAUAUGUAGAUGUGUCUGGUGGUGAGCUGUGGAUAAACAUUUUGCAUGAGACCCUCAAGUACGGCCUUGCACCAAAGUCGUGGACGGAUUACCUACAUUUAACUGUAGGUGGCACUCUUUCCAAUGCUGGAAUCAGCGGCCAGGCAUUCCGACAUGGACCACAAAUCAGCAAUGUUCAUCAACUGGAGGUUGUCACAGGAAAAGGCGAGAUCCUAAACUGUUCAGAGAGGCAGAACAGCGACUUAUUUCAUGGUGUUCUUGGUGGGUUAGGUCAGUUUGGCAUCAUAACACGGGCAAGAAUAGCACUGGAAGCAGCACCAACCAUGGUAAAAUGGGUAAGGGUGUUGUACCAGGAUUUCUCUGCCUUUAUCAAGGACCAAGAGCGUCUUAUUUCUGCAGAUAACAAAUUGGACUACGUUGAAGGGUUUGUGAUAAUAAACCGGACGGGACUCCUGAACAACUGGAGGUUAUCUUUCACCCCAGAGGACCCUUUACAAGCCAGCCAAUUCAAAUCUGAUGGAAGGACUCUGUAUUGUUUGGAGGUAGCCAAGUACUACUUCAAGCUCGACAACAAAGAUGUCAUCAGCCAGGGAGUCAAAGAAACAUUAAGUGAACUAAGCUACAUCUCGUCGACACUGUUUACAUCGGAGGUAACAUAUGAAGCAUUCUUGGACAGGGUACAUGUGUCAGAGGUAAAACUUCGAUCGAAAGGGCAAUGGGAGGUUCCACAUCCAUGGCUGAACCUCCUGGUACCAAGAAGCACAGUGAAAGAAUUUGCAAAAGGAGUAUUCGGAAACAUCCUAACCGAUACAAGCAACGGGCCAGUUAUAGUGUACCCGGUGAACAAAGCAAAGUGGGACAAUCGAACAUCAGCAGUAACACCGGAGGAAGAUAUAUUCUACCUAGUGGCGAUCCUAACAUCGGCAGUUCCAGGCAAGGACGAUGGAGUUGAACAAAUCUUGAAGCGGAACCAAAGAAUACUAGAAUUCAGUGAAGCAGCAGGUAUAGGGUUGAAGCAGUAUCUGCCACAUUACACAACAAGAGAGGAGUGGAGAUCCCAUUUCGGUGCCAAGUGGGAUAAUUUUGUCAGGAGAAAAUCUAGAUAUGAUCCAUUGGCAAUACUUGCGCCUGGCCACAGAAUCUUUCCAAAGGCACCAUAUGACCAAUUUACCCCUAUCUCUCUCUCAUCAGACUACAAUCUACCUCUCUCUGGUUAG